AAAAUCAUUUUCUCUCAAUUUCUCAACAAAUUAUUUUUCUUCUCGUUGAUUAAUUAACUAAUUGUGCCAAAUUUUUCUUUUCUUUUAAACAAUUUAUCAUUCGUUAAGGUGAUUAGUUUACCGUUUGUAGUGAUUUUUUUAUUCUCGUCCAUGUAAAUGAUUCUCAUCUUACAACAACAACAAAGAGAUGAUUUUUAAAUUUAACUCUUUGGGUUUUAUUGUUGAUAAAUUAGGUCAAUGUUAUGUUGUGUUUUAUUUGCAAAGAAAUGAAGAUUCAUCUGGAUUACAUUUUGGUCUAAUUUCCUAGAGGCAAAUUGAUUUAGACAAUCAACUUUUUGCUCCCCAAUGACUCCGUUAAAAGAUUACACAAUCGCUGUUUUUGUGAUUAGUGUUCUCAUUUUAACUUAUACAGCAUUUAUAUUCCUUUAUAAAGUACCAUCGUCAUCUGAUCCUCUUGAAGAACGAGCUCACAAUUUGAUUAGUCUUAUCAAACAUAAUGAUUCAAGUAAUAUGAUUGAUUACAAUUAUUGGGGUCCAGUUGAUGAUGUUUAUGGAAGCAAAUUAUCAAAUGCUAUUGGUGAAAAUAAUAAUAAACCAAAUGGAGAGAAACAAAAAUCUUCAAAUAAUCAAUUUACUGUCAUCGAAAUUUGGUCCAAAGCCGCUAUUGGAAAUUAUCUCUGGGAACAUAUUUUGAAGGGAAAGAUUAGCAAGAAAAGUCAAUUCUAUCAAUAUGGUUUCAAAAAACUUGACCAAUUUAAGGUUAAAUUCCGUAGUGGUCCAUCACUUACACCACAAUCGUUGGAAAAUUUUCUUACCACCGAUGAAAAUAUUCUGAAAGAAUCGUCAACUGGAACUAAGAAUAUGAUUAUUGUUCUGAAUGGACGUUCAAAGGAAAAAAUUGAUUUCGCCAAGCAAUGGUUAGAGAAAUUCAAUCAUUUAUCAUCAUCCAGAGAUGUUCAGCCAUUUAAUGUUGGCGCGAUUCUCCUUGGUCACGAAUUUUGUUUCAACCAUUGGAUUAAAAAAUAUCUCGCCUCAAAUGGUGGACCGUUGAAAUUUUUAUUCACCGUUUACGAUUGGAAAGAUAUUGAUGAUAAUGAAAUUUACCAAUGGCCUUUGGGAGUAGCCACUUAUCGUAACUUUCCAAAUCCCGAUGCAACUAAACUCAACCUACGACUCGAAAAUCCAUAUACUUGUAAUUUUCUGGGUACCGUUUACCCAAAUUCCUCUCGAAGUGAACUGAUGGAGGUGUUGAAAUCUCUUGAUGAGGGGACAUGUUUCAUUAAAGGUCGAUCAGAAUGGGAACCGAAUGAGACAAGUGAAACUCUUGACCGAUACCUUCAAGCUCUUCGUUUAUCUGAUCUGACCCUUAGUCCCAUUGGAAUGAAUCAUGAGUGUUAUCGUAUCUAUGAAGCUUUUGCUUUUGGUUCACUGCCCGUUGUCGAGGAAAAUUUGAACCAUGUAAAAGGCCAUAAAUCAAAUUGUGAUCCCAAUUCAGCUUAUCGUCUAUUGAAAAAACACUCUGCCCCUGUGAUAUAUAUCGCCAAUUGGACCCACGAAUUGCCAACAUUAAUUGAGAAAGAAAUGAGUUUAUCGUUAGAACAUAAAACUUUUCGUCGAAAACGUUUAAUCAAUUGGUACAAUUCAUUUAAAUCAAACAUUCGUAGCCACUUUUUUCAUGUUAUCCAAUCAAAAUUCAAAAUUAAUUUAAACAAUUAAAUUCAUUGCGAAUUAAUCAA